UUUGGCCGCAUGAUAAAGACCAGCGCUCCGAUUCGCUGAAUGGUCCUGAACUAGAGUGUAGGAAUAUCAUUGCAAGGUGGCUAAGCGUUUUUUUGGGGAGGUUUCUUUUCGGAAAACAACGUUAUAUUCAACCUUGGUACCUGCUCGACUCACCGGCCUGGAACUCAGCUCUUUACGAUCAACACGAGUUGGAAAAUUGCCUCACUUUUGGAUUGUUUUUUUCCUUGGGUAGCCACCUGGUCUUUGUGAAAGAGUACGGAGAUACCACGACGACUACUACUACAAUCGCAUCAGUCAUCCAGUAUCCAUUCAUUAAUUGCUCAUCCACCCAUUCAAACACCUACCUCCACCGACCCUUCUCAAACCCACCAUCACAACUCCAACUCCAACUCCAACAAAAAAACAUGUCGACCCAAGAAAAAGAACCCUCCCCACCUCCAUACUCGGAAUCCACAGCCCAACAAUCCCCAUACUCUUCCCUGGCAACAUCAUCAACAUCAACAAGCCACCCACCACCCUCCUCAAACCUCCUCACGCAGCUCUCGUCCGUCCGCGCAACCCACCUCCACACCAUCAUAACAUCCCACAUUCUCCCACUGAUCGAACAGCAAGCCACCUACGGCAUCUCGGAAACCAACAUCGCCCUGCUCCCCUCAGACGUCUCCCUCCCCAUCCACACAGCCCCCGAGAAAUCCGAAUUCAGCUUCGACACCACCGACGACGCCACAGAGAAGAAGCUGGAAAUCAUAGGCUUCAGUUCAGACGAAGAACCGAAAUUGAUACGCCUCGAAGGUUCGAUGAAUAAAACUGAGUUCUGGAGAGUCCCCGCUGUGGUCGAGGAUAUGGAGGAAAGGUUGAGGGCAUGUUUGAAUGCUGCUGCUGCACAAGCUGUCACAGCGUCGUCUUCUCAGCAGCAGCAGCAGGUAUCUUCUUCUGCGCCGCGGGGAGUAACGAAACGAGGGUUUUUGGGUAAACUGGCGAAUUUCAUUGAGCAGGAAAAGAGGUCGUCGCCGUUUGUUGGGAAGGAGGCGGAGCGGGGGAUGGGGCAGGUUGUGGUCAGAGUUAGGCUCGAGGAGAUUUGCUUGAGGACUGUGAAUGAGUUUGGCUUGUACGAUACCUUGUCGAAACCGUGUGUUACCGUGUGGGUGGAUGCAAGGUGUUGAGGAGGAAAGUAGGGAAAUGAGUUGGAGGGUGAUAACGUCAGGUUGCUGUGGGUUUGACUGCGCAUUCGACGUAGUGACGUAUAUGACGUCCCAACGAUCCAGUGGAGAUGUACGGAUUUGUAGUGUUGAGGUUGGGAACCAUGGUACGCUUUUCGCCCUCUGAUAUAAAAAGAGCAGAGUUCUCACAAGGCUUUCUACUUCUAUCAACCCCUACUUGCCUCACGAUGCCACUUAUCCUGGCACCUACCCUGACACCAACACACCGCGACGAGCCCUUCAAC